AUGGCUGACGAACUCGACGACGAGCUCUUUGCCCUCGCUGGCGGUGAUGAAGACGUAGAUGUGGAAGAAGGUGAAGCCUCGUCGCCUGCAGCCUCGUCGCCAAAUUCGCUCGGCUCAGAUGCCAUGGACGAGUCUGACUCCGACCGUGACGAUGACGCGCCAGUACGAAGCGCGGAAGUGCCCUAUCCGCUUGAGGGCAAGUACAUUGACGAAGCCGACAAGCGCAGAAUCCUGGCUAUGUCGCAGCUAGACCGAGAAGAGAUUCUUGGUCAGCGAGCGGAAGAGAUGAGCAAAGCCAACUUCCAGGCUGAGCUUGCAAGGCGCGCCGCAAAUCUUCAGAAUGGCAGGAAGCGCAAGGCUGAUUCGGAUGAGCCCGAUGACGCCACACAUAAGAGCAGUCGGCCCAAGGUUCAGCCUAGGAAAAACGAGAAACUCGAGGCAUACAAGCGCGAGCGUGAGCAGCGAGGUCAGCAACGACAACGACAGGACGAUAGGCGUCGCCGACGGUCCAGCUCUGCAAGCCGCGGCGGUGGCUCGGAUCUGGAUGCCGAUGGUGAGAGUGAUGUUGACUGGGACGACCGGGCGCCUGAAAAGGCGCGCGAGGAGCAGCCGGCUUCAAUACGUGACUUUGAGUCUGUCCGUGUUGGUCGCGGGUUCUUUUCAGAGGUCUGCUUCUACCCUGGCUUUGAGGAGGCCAUGACGGGAACCUUUGGCCGGAUCGGCGUAGGUCAGGACUCUUCGCGACGGACACUUUACAAGAUGGCGCAGAUCAAGGGUUUCACAACGGGCAAGCCCUAUGUAUUUGAAGGCAAAGGCGGCAAGAAAGUGGCGACAGAUCAAUACGUCAUAGCGCAACAUGGUGCUGUCAAGAAGGACUAUCAGUUCCAGUUCCUGUCCAACCAGCGCUUCACCGAGACCGACCUCGAGACAUACAGGCAAUCUCUUGUAGAAACCAACGCCAAGAUACCUACACAAUCCUUCCUCCAACGCAAGUACGAAGACCUCAAGAGCCUGCAAAACCACCACUGGACCGAUGCCGACAUCAGUGCCCGCAUCGCCAAAUCCAAGAAAUAUGCUCACCUCCUUAACCGCAGCAAUGCCGACGCUCAACCCAGGAUUGCUACACAGUCUGAAACAGCUGCUGCGCGCGUUGCCGAACUGAAUCGCAAGAACCGUCUCGCAGAUGCAGAGCGCGUACGCAAAGUCCAGCUCGAACAGCAGCGACACAUGAAGAUGGAACAAAAGAAAGCAGCAGCGCGGAAAAAGGCCGAGGAGGCGGCGAAGAAGGCUCAAGAAGAGGAGGCGGCAGCUAAGCAGAAGAACCUCGAUAUGGAUGCGCUCUUUGACGGCGAUGGGAGUUCGCGGGCAGGCACGCCGAAGCCGCAGGGUAAGAAGAAGACAGAGCGCAAGGGGUUGGCGACUUUCAAAAAGCCCAAGAUGGAUGAUGAUAUUCUUGCGAGUUUGGAUAUUGGGGUUGACAUUGAGAUUUGA